AUGCGAAAAUCAUAGAAAACAGGUUCUCAGUAGCAUAUUAAAAAUAUAUUGGCACCUUUGAUAACCUAAUAAGAUUCAUGUAGUCCAGACUAAUCUUUAGGAAAUAGAGCAUAAUGUAAAAUGGGGCGGAGAUCCUCAUUGAUUGAAUUGCAUAGAGUUGAAAGUGAAUCUAUAAAAUUACGACCGCAAAGAGUGCUGUAGGUAGUUAAGGAUGCUAAGAAACAACUUCUGUCUCAAUAGAAUGUUAGACCUGAGAGAAAAGUGAAACCUAGAGUGGAGACAUCGGAAUGCUAAUAUAGAGGAUUAGAUUUUACUUUCGCCUAGAACUUUUCAAAUAAGUAGAUAAUUUUGAAAGAAUUCUCAACUAAUGGACUUAGAAAAAGAUUCUUUGUUUGA